UUUAAUUCCUACCUGUAUCAAGAUAGUUCCCAGCAAACCACAUUCAACAUGGUGACACAAACCACCACUACCCAUACACAGAAUGGCAGCAUUCAGCUCUCUCCAGAUAAGUCCAAGCGCAUCUCGCCCGAAUCCCUGUGCCAUGUCGUCCUGCGCACGACACCAGACAACUUCGAAGAUAUGGUAGAGUUCUACCUCACGAUCCUCGGGGGGCGGGUCUCGCACCGCUCGCACCGCCUGUGCUUCAUGACUUACGACUACGAGCACCACCGCAUCGCCAUCAUCAAGGACCCCGCGGCGACCCCGCGCAGGGCCGGCGCCCCGCAGGUCGGUCUGCACCACGUGGCGUUCGGGUUCAAGACGCUGCAGGACCUGGCCGCGUCGUACGAGGAGAAGAAGGCGGCUGGGAUCCUCCCGGUCUGGUCUGUCAAUCAUGGCAUGAGCACCAGCAUGUACUACGAGGACUUGGACGGCAACCAGCUCGAGUUCCAGGUGGAUAAUUACGAUACGGUGCCCGAGGCCGUGGCGUUCAUGGCUUCUCCUGAGUUCGAGGAGAACCCCGUCGGAGUCGAUUUCGACCCGGAGGUCUUCGUUAAGAGGGUUAGGAGCGGGGAGGAUGAUAAGAGCAUUAAGGUUAGGCCGAAUAUUGGCCCGAGGGAUAGGAGGUAGGAGCGAGUUUUAAUGGCGUUGGGAUUGGUGCGUUGGUCACCGCGAUGAUACACGAGAUAAUCUUAGAAUGAUAAGGGGGUAUCUGUAUAAUACUUAGGUAAGGGUUCAUCAAUUAUAUCUC